AUGGCGCCAGCCCGAGCCCCAGGCUCCCCCAGCGGGGCCCUCUGCCGGCAACUCCUACUGACCCUCGCGAUCUUAACAUUUGCCUGUGAUGCCUGCAAAACAGUUAUACUACAUGUUCCGGCUAAACUAGAUGCUGAAAAAUUUAUUGGUAGAGUUAACCUGAAGGAGUGCUUUAAAUCUGCAACCCUCAUUCACUCAAGAGACCCUGAUUUCCAAAUCUCAGAAGAUGGUUCAGUCUAUACAACACAUGCCAUUCUUUUGUCCUCAGAGAAGAGCUCUUUCACCAUACUGCUUUCCAACACAGAGACCCACGAAGAGAAGGAAAUACUUGUCCUUUUAGAGCAUCAAACAAAGGUACUAAAGAAAAGGCAUUCUCAGGAAAAAGUUUUGAGACGUGCCAAGAGAAGAUGGGCUCCUAUUCCUUGCUCAGUGCCUGAGAAUUCCUUGGGUCCAUUCCCACUUUUUCUUCAACAGAUUCAAUCUGAUACAGCCCAAAACUACACUAUUUACUAUUCCAUAAGUGGGCCUGGAGUUGACAAAGAACCUCGCAAUUUAUUUUAUGUAGAGAGAGAUACUGGAAACCUGUUUUGUACUCGUCCUGUAGAUCGUGAAACAUAUCCAUCGUUUGAGCUGGUUGCCUUUGCAACAACUCCAGAUGGAUAUACUCCAGAAUAUCCAUUGACCCUACUCAUCAGAAUUGAGGAUGAAAAUGAUAACUACCCAAUUUUUACAGAAACAAAUUACAGUUUUAAAGUUUUUGAAAACAGCAAAGUUGGUACUACUGUGGGACAGGUUUGUGCAACAGACAAAGAUGAGCCUGACACACUGCACACGCGUCUGAGAUACUCCAUCAUUGAGCAGUUUCCAGCAUCACCCACCCUCUUUUCUAUGCAUCCAACUACAGGCGUGAUCACCACAACAUCAUCUCAGCUAGACAGAGAGCUAAUUGAUAAAUACCAGCUGAAAAUUAAAGUGCAAGACAUGGAUGGUCAGUAUUUUGGUUUGCAGACAACUGCAGCUUGCGUCAUUAAUAUUGAAGAUGUGAAUGACAACUUGCCAACAUUCACCCGUUCUUCUUAUGUGGCAUCGGUGGAGGAGAAUAGAAUUGAUGUGGAAAUCUUACGUGUUGCUGUUCAGGAUAAGGAUUUAAUUCAUACUGCUAAUUGGAGGGCUAAUUAUACCUUUUUAAAGGGUAAUGAAGAUGGAAAUUUUAAAAUUGUAACAGAUUCCCAAACCAAUGAAGGAGUUCUGUAUGUGGUUAAGCCACUGAAUUAUGAAGAAAAACAGCAGCUGACCCUGCAAAUUGGUGCAGUUAAUGAAGCUCCAUAUAUUGGUAGUUCAAGAUCAACCAUGAACAUGGCAACAGUCACUGUUAAUGUACAAAAUCAGGAUGAGGGCCCUGAGUGUGACCCUCAGGUACAAACUGUUCGAAUUAAAGAAAACGUACCAGUGGGAACAAAGAACGUUGGUUAUAAAGCAUACGACCCGGAAACAAGAAGUAGCAGUGGCAUAAGGUAUAUGAAGUCAAGUGAUCCAGAAGGGUGGGUUGAUGUGGAUGAAAACUCAGGAGUAAUCACAAUUUUGAAAAGACUCGAUAGAGAAGCCAGAAGUGGUGUAUAUAAUAUUUCAAUCCUUGCCUCAGACAAAGAUGGGAGAACAUGUAAUGGAGUACUGGGGAUUAUUCUUGAGGAUGUGAAUGAUAAUGGCCCAGUCAUACGUCAGCGGACAGUGAUAAUCUGUAAAACUGUCAUGUCAUCGGCCGAGAUUGUUGCUGUAGAUCCUGAUGAACCCAUCCACGGCCCACCCUUUGACUUCAGUUUGGAGGGUGUUUUGGAUUCAGAGGUACUUAGAAUGUGGAGACUGACAAAGGUUAACGGUACAGCAGCACGUCUCUCUUAUCUGAAUGAUCUCCAGUUUGGAAAAUAUACAGUCCCUGUGAGAGUUACGGAUAGACUUGGCCAGUCACUCGUCACUCAGUUAGACGUGAUAUUAUGUGACUGUGUUACCCCAAAUGACUGCGACAUUUACCCAAGGCCGAGGACUGGCAACAGAGAAGUGAUACUUGGAAAGUGGGCCAUCCUUGCAAUACUGUUGGGCAUAGCAUUGCUAUUUUGUAUCUUAUUCACCUUGGUCUGUGGGGCUACUACUGGGGCAGCCAAAAAGCCAAAAGUAUUUCCUGAUGAUUUAGCUCAGCAGAACCUCAUUGUGUCAAACACUGAAGCUCCUGGCGAUGACAAAGUGUAUUCCACAAAUGGUUUCACAACCCAUGCCGUGGGUGGCUCUGCUCAGGGAAUUUGUGGCACCCUGGGAUCCAGAGUGAAAAGUGGAGGGCAAGAGACCAUCGAGAUGGUAAAAGGAGGGCACCAGACCAUGGAGUCCUGCCAGGAAGCCGGGCAUCAUCACACCCUGGAACGGUGCAAGGAAGGUGGACAGCACACUCUGGAUUCCUGUAAGGGAGGACCAAUAGCAACUGACAACUGCAAAUACACGUACUCCGAGUGGUACACUUACACUCAGCCCCGUCUUGGUGAAAAGGUCCAGCAGUGUGAUCAGGAUAACACCCAUAUGCAAGCUCAAGACUACAUCCUGUCCUAUAACUACGAAGGAAGAGGGUCGGCAGCUGGAUCUGUGGGCUGUUGCAGUGAACGACAAGAAGAAGAUGGGCUUGAAUUUUUGGAUCAUCUGGGACCCAAAUUUAGGACACUUGCGGAAACAUGCAUGAAGAGAUGA